AUGGAGGAUUGGGGAAGCCAACCAAUGAGGGCGCGGACGGAAGAAUGGAAGGUAUUAUUGUGUACUUCGUCCACUUACUCUCCAUGCCUGCCGGCAGUGCCUGUGGCCGUUACUGGCCGGUCAUAGAGGGAGCUGUCGAUUAAGGCGAGCCAACCGUCGGCAAUUGGAGAUGCUAACCAACGAAGACGCAGACGGAGUAGUAGAAGGUAUGACUCUGUACUACGUCCACUUACUCUCCACGCCUACGUGCAGAGCCUCUGGCCGUUACUAGCCGGAUGAUAGAAGGAGCUGUCUAUUGUGGAAUGCCAACCAUUGACGAUUGGGGAAGCCAACCAAUGAAGGCGCGGACAGAAGACUGGAAGGUAUGACUCUGUACUUCGUACACUUACUCUACAUGCCUAGAUGCAGUGCCUAUGGCCGUUACUGGCCGGUCAUAGCGGGAGCUGUCGAUUGUGGAGAGCCAACCAUGUACGCUUGGAGAAGCCAACCAAUGACGGCGCCGACGGACGACUGGAAGGUAUGACUCUGUACGUCGUCCACUUACUCUCCCUGGCUGCCUACAGUGCCUAUUGCCGUUACUGGCCGGUCAAAGAUGGAACAGAAGGUUGAAGAGAGGCAACCAUUGACGGUUGGAGAAGCUUAACAACGAAAACACAGAUGGAAGACUAGAAGGUAUGACUCUGUACUGCGACCACUUACUCUCCAUGCCUAAAUGCAGAGCAUAUGGCCGUUACGGGCCAGGUCAUAGAAGGAGAUGUCGAUUGAGAGGAGGCAACCGUCAACGAUUGGGGCAGCCAGCCAAUGACGGCGCCGACAGAAGACUGAUAGGUAUGAUUCUAUACUUCGUACACUUACUAAACAUGCCUAGCUGCAGUGCCUCUGGCCGCUACUGGCCGGUCAUAGCGGGGGCUGUCGAUUGUGGAGAGCCAACCAUGUACGCUUGGAGAAGCCAACCAAUGACGGCGCCGACGGAAGACUGGAAGGUAUGACUCUGUACGUCGUCCACUUACUCUCCCUGGCUGCCUACAGUGCCUAUUGCCGUUACUGGCCGGUCAAAGAUGGAACAGAAGGUUGAAGAGAGGCAACCAUUGACGGUUGGAGAAGCUAAACAACGAAAACACAGAUGGAAGACUAGAAGGUAUGACUCUGUACUGCGACCACUUACUCUCCAUGCCUAAAUGCAGAGCAUAUGGCCGUUACGGGCCAGGUCAUAGAAGGAGAUGUCGAUUGAGAGGAGGCAACCGUCAACGAUUGGGGCAGCCAGCCAAUGACGGCGCCGACAGAAGACUGAUAGGUAUGAUUCUAUACUUCGUACACUUACUAAACAUGCCUAGCUGCAGUGCCUCUGGCCGCUACUGGCCGGUCAUAGCGGGGGCUGUCGAUUGUGGAGAGCCAACCGUGGACGUUUGGAGAAGCCAACCGAUGACGGCGCCGACAGAAGACUGCAAGGUAUGACUCUGUACUUCGUCCACUUACUCUUUUAGGCUACCUACGAUGCCGGUGGCCGUGAAUGGCCGGUCGAAGGGGAAGUUGUCUAUUAAAGAAAGCCAACCGUCGGCGUUACUGGCCGGUCGAAGAGGGAGCAGUAGGUUGAAGAGAGCCAACCAUGUACGAUAGGAGAAGCUAAACAACGAAGGCUCAGACGGAAGACUGGAAUGUAUGACUCUGAACUUCAUCCACUUACUCUCCAGGCCUACCGACGAUGCCUGUGGCCGUUACUAGCCGGUCAAAGAAGGAGCUGGCGAUGUUGGAAACCCAACCAUGGAUGAUUGCUGAUUGGUGCGGCGCGGCGGCAAAAAAAAAUACCACAAGCACACCUACUGAGCAAACAAUAGUAAGUAAGGUAGCCGUGAUGGAAGACCUGCGGCCGCUUAUUUAGCACCGGUCAAUUAAUCUUUUCGAAAAGAAAACGCAUUUCGGAAAUUCGGUCAACAUUUCUCGACUUAGAUCACCUAAUGUACUUCGCUGUCCGACGGCAGGAUAUCGCGGAAAAUGUAUUCAAACUGACGGCAUCCUCACCCACAGGUAGCUUUUAUUAUCACAAACAGGGGAUGCUCAAUUUUCGAAAGGAUUACGGGUGCACGCUGCUUCCUUCAGUCCAGUCCGACUGCCUUCAUCUUUUGAUUGUCCGCCUUCGAAUUAAUGGGAGUUAAUGACUGGCGUGAUCGUGGAACAAGCCUCGCGAUUGGUACAGGCCAUGCGUUAUCACAGUUUACCUGAGGAACAAUCGAAUAAUUGUCAGACACACAUAAGUAUAGGGUAGCCGCAGAAUAGUGGACGCCUCAGCGCUAUGGGUGGCCUCGUUUCCAAUUUCAGGAAGGACGCCUAUCCACGUUUACAAACAAUUUAAUCUUAACCCACCUUGUGUUAACUCCGGCCACACCGCUAAUAUGCCUAGGCUUCACCCAGACCCUUCUAAACACAACCAUGUCCCUACCCUUCUUAACCGAUUCCUUAAUUCCCUGGAAUGUUGGAUAAGGCCGCCUGUAAUUCACCAUCCAUAUUUCCGUGCUUAAACUCAAAGCCACGUUCCGUCCUUACUAAGAGACUGUGGAAUGUCUGGGUAUGUCCUUUUUAGCUGUCAGUAUGUGGGAUGGAUUUCAGUAGAAUGUGAAAUUGUUUCUGCCAAUAGCUAGAUUGUACUGUAGCCGGAUAAAAAUGCAAAAAGAUUCUUUAAUCAUUGAGCAAAACGUUCAAGUUACUUCGUUGUUCGACGGCUGGAUCCGGCGAAAAAAAGUGUUUGAAUUGACAGAAACCUAUCAGCCCCUCAACCCGGUCCAACUGCCUUCAACUUUCGAUUGUCAGGUUUCGAAUUAAUGGGAGGUAGUGAUUGGCGUGAUCGGACAUGGGCAUGGGCACUGUUUGACCGAUCGGCAGUACACAGUGCUACUGUAAAAUUGCAGGGGUUUAUUUCCGCGAAUGAAAAGACAGCAUGCAAAAUAGGCUGAGGGUUGGGGAGGGCUCGCGCAUGCACGUCAGUAGUCGUUCUUGCGCAAUGCCUCAGAUCAGGGUGCGUCCCUCAGCUGAUCCGGAACAGGGCCAUAGAGACUCAUGUUCAACGAUAGAUUAUGGUGCAAAUCAGGUCAGCCAAUUAGCCUGACUUCAUCCUCCAGCCCAUUUGGUCCGUUACCGGCGCUUGAAAAGCAACGCAAAUAUUUAGGCGACAAAAUCAGCAUAAUAGGCCGGAAGGCGUGCUUUGGAAGUUGGAGUACAUAAUUUGAUCCACACGGUAGCGCUUUACCAACCUCCGUGACCCAAUUUCAGGUCUGUUUUCGUAUUUGUAGGAAGCAGUUCGUGACCCGCUUUGAAGCCAAACGACUCCAACGAUGCUCUACUUUCCUUUUUACCUGAGCAUUAAGUUGGCAAUUAACUAGUUUUAGCUAAGUCAAAUCUUCCACUGAAAUUAAAAUUGCGGGUGUAUGCCUCAUCAGAAUCAGAUUAUCUGUCUCGCGAUUGUUUCAGACCAUGCCUUAUCACAGUUUACCUGAGGAACAAUCAAAGAACUGUCGGACACACAGAAGUACAGGGUGGCCGCGGAAUAGUGGACGCCAAUCGGUAAAAUUACCAGCUUAUGUUAUGAUAGACCGGCCAGUCGAUCCAGGUUAUCAGUCAGUACGCGAAGUGUGUUGAUGGGAAGUUAACAUCAUUAUUUGGUUGAAUAGAUUGCGGGACGUCUUUAGUGGCUACUAUAUUUUGUGGCUUCAUGUCAUCGGCAGUACACCGACUUUUCCAAACGGCAGGACAAAAUAGUUUUCGUCCCUUAUGGAAUAAAAUAUUACAUCCGUGAAGCCUGGUGUGCACUGACACUGCUUGGCCGAUCGGCAGCACACAACGCUACUGUACAAUUGCAGAUGUUUAUUUCCUAGUAUAAGCAUAGCGAAGAGAAAGAUAACAUGCAAAGUAGAUUGAGGGUUGGAGUGGGCUUGCGCAUGCACGUCAGUAGUCGUUCUGGUGCAAUGCCUCAGAUUAGAAUGCGUCCCUCAGCCGAUCCGGAACAGGGCUAUAGAUACGCACGUUCAGCGAUAGAUUAUAGUGGAACUUAGGUCAGCCAAUUAGCCUGAUUUCAUCCUCCAGAUCAUGUGGUCCUUUACCGUCGCUUGAAACAUAAGGGGGAUAGUCAGGCAAUAAAAUCGCUAUGGUAAGCCAGAUUUCGUGCUCUGGAUGUUGGACAAAAAUAAUUUAAUCAAUCUGAUAGCGUUUUACUAAACUCCGUGACCCCGUUUUAGAUGUGUUUUUUAUUUGUGGGGAAUAGUUCAUGACACCCUAACGAUACUCUGCUUGCCUUGUUCCAUAAGCAAUAAGUUGGCAAUUAAUUGGUUUUAUCGAAGUCACAUCUUUCACUGAAAUUAAUAUUGCAGCUGAAUUCCUCCACAGAAUCCGGUUUUCGGUGAUAAAGUCCUUAUGGGAUAUUGAUAUCAACGCGUACAACCAUGGACUCCGGCAGGCUGAUUUGAAUUCUGUCAAUCAAGAGUGAAGCCCAAGCCCAGGUUUACAUUUCGGAAUGCAUGCCUAAAUUGACAUUCUGAAAUUUAAGAAGCGUUGAUUUCCGAACGUUCGCUACCAAAAGGGCACAGUCGCUGACCAGUCUCCUAAAAUAUUAACCAAAAUACUGAAGUGUUUUUUUUUCAAUGUAAAAGUACUUCCUUAUUGGUUUCGUACUAUUAAAUUUCACUCAGAGCCAUCUCAAGAUAGUUAACUUAUAUCGAGAUGCCGACUGUUGAAUGCACGUGAGUCGGUCAGGACAGCCAAAGUUUUGAAUACCUUUCCAGAGACCAUCGCGAUUUGUCUUGCCACAAGCUUUUGUCAGGUUUUCAAAUCUGAGACGAAUGGGGGUCCGCAUUUUCUGCCGCCUAUCUUGUUACUGAUAGGAAACAAAAGUUCUGCGUCAGGUUUCGCAGCGUCGUGGGAAGUUUCACUGGCUUUUCGGUUAACUUCUUAUUCCAAAUGUCAUUUAAGUCUACUGAGAAUGAUGCAAGCUCAAAUCUUUCUGGCAAGGUAUUAGACCGAAAUUUGUGAGUGCCUAUCACAGACUUCCCAGUUAUAUUACCACUUCUGAAGUUGAACGACCGUCACGACCUUGUCAUUGCUAUCGCAUUUCUUGGAAGAGGAAUUUUGGUUUCUCCGGAUGCUAAGUUCAACCCUGUUUGUAGACUUGAAAGAUGAUUGCGUCCACUCCCGGUGCUCUGUCGCUGGGGUGUUUGUCGCGCGGUUCUGAUUGUUCGCCUCCAUUUGGGGAGCCGGCGUCGGAUCGCGGAUGGGCGGAUCGCGGAUGAGGACGGUUCUGCCGUGCUCAGUCCAGGGCUCCAGACACUGCGAUCCUCCUUCGAUAAGUGUUAGUUCCUCAGGACUGGGAAGCCUUCGGGUUCUUUGGUUGGAGGAAGGGAGGGGUAACAAUACUCUUCAUAUCGUCAUGGUCCGCGCAUCCUCGGAUUUCCUCCACGAUGCAAUGCAUCUCCUCAUUUUUAAUCUAAUGCAGCGUCUUCUGCACAAGCUGGCGAAAUCUGAGGAUCACGGCUUCGGUUGCUUCGAUUCUGCGGUUGAGUUGGUCACAGUGUAGCAUGUCCUACUCGACGAAUAAACCGUUGGCCUCUGCGCUGUUGUCGAACUUCCGUUUCCGGCCUUGACAUCAUGCGCACCCGGGAUAGUGGAAUGGUGGCCUUUCCGAAAGUAGCCCCAAUGAGUCUUCGCGGCAGCACAUAAUGAAUGUUGAAUAUUAGUUUUUAAAAUUAAAUAUACACAUUUGGGUAUGAGAAUGUAUGACAAAGGUGCUUUAGAAUAUCUCGAGUUUCGAUUUUGUCAAAACAUGCUUAUUUCUUUAAAAUGUCGGCAUUUAAGUCAGAACAUAUUGUAUGCCGUUAUGCGAAAACAAACAUGUGUCCAUCAAACGCCCGUGUUGAUUGACCGUCCGAAGAAAGCGUGUUCAGUCAACUAACGUAAACAAUCGGAGUAAAAAGAAGUGUCCGGUAAUUGGGAAUCCCCAUAAAUGUCCCGUCAAUCUUUCUGCAAAGAUCAACACCCGUUUCUGUUACUCCCGAGUACAUACAACACUAAAGACAAAAGCAACGCAACCACUUCUUGGCAAUGUCCAGAAUGUAUGUGUUUAACAAACGCAACAACAACUUACAUAUUGGAAGUUCACAGUUUUGUCAUUCUAUUCUUUCAGUAUUCAAAGUGAGCACGCCGACCUGAUCCUAGAUAAAAAUCGAGAUCCGUCAUGAUCGCAAAUGUGUCUUCUAGCUAGGCCGUUAAACUGGGAGGGAAAUAGCAAGCACUCAAAAGAAAAUUCCUCAUCUCUUAGUUUGGCAUGUUGGCUGUACCUACAAAUACCGGACGCAUAGCAUACAUUUAUUUUAAAUAAGCGAACGUCUGCUUUUAAUUUACCUCUUUGUACGCGAAUUUGACUAGCCUAUGUGCAGUUUCGCCAAAUCUCGCAAUAUGUAUGCCCCUACUGAGAGACUGCGGAGUGUCCCAGUAGGUCAUUUUAGCUGUCAAUUUGUUGGAUGGAUCUCACUUUAAUGUGAAGUAGUUUCCUCUAAUAGCUAAACGGUGUCGUAGUCACUGAGCAAAACUUUUAAGUUACUUCGCUGUCGCAGGGCAGACUACCGCGAAGAAGUGUGUUCAAACUGACGGCAAUCUCACACACAGGUGGCUUCUACUACCUCAAGCAGGCGAUGCUGCAUGUUCGGAAAGAUUACGGAAACACGCUACUCCCCUCAGUCCAGUCAAACUGCCUUCACCUUUCGAUUAUUAGGUUUCAAAUUAAUGGGAGGUAGUUAUUGGCGUGAUUGUUUUAAGGCCAUGCGUUAUCACAGUGUACGUGAGGAACAAUCACAUAAUUGUCGGAUGCACAGAAGUAUAGAGUGGUCGUAGAAUAGUAGACGUCUGUAUGAAGUAUUGCUAGUUUAUGCGAUGAUAGAUCGGCCAGUCGGUCCAGGUUGUCAGUCACUACAAGAAAGUUGUUGAUGGGCAGUAAACACCAUUUUUCAGUGUCUUUAGAGGCUACUUUGGGUUGUGGCCUCAUGCCAAAGGCAGUACACUGACUUUCCCAAAAAGCAAAGCAAAUUAGUUUACGUCACUGGACACUGCUUCGCCGAUCGGCGGCACAUAAUGCUACUGUAAAAUUGCGGUGGCUUAUUUCCUAGCACUAGCAUCGAGAAGAAAAAGAUAACAUGCAAAGUGGGCUGCGGGUUGGGUAGGGCUAGCGUCUGCACGUCAGUAAUUGUUCUGGCGCAAUGCCUUAGAUCGGAGUGCGUCCCUGAGCUGAUCCGGAACAGGGCCAUAGAGACCCUCGUUCAGCGAUAAAUUAUGGUGUAAAUCAGGUCAGCCAAUUAGCCUGAUUUCAUCCUCCAGCUCAUUUGGUCCGUUACCGGCGCUUGAAGCACAAGACAGAGAUUUAGGCAAUAAAACCCCCAUGCUAAGAUAGAAGGCGUUCCUUGGAAAUUGAACUAAAUCAUUUGAUCCAUCUGGUAGCGCUCUACUAAUCGCUGUGCCCCCAUUGCAGGUCUGUUUUUGUAUUUGCAGGGAGCACUUUAUGACACGCUUUGAAGCCACACGUUCCUAACGACGCUCUACUUGCCUUUUCCCAUAACCACUGAUUUACAAUGAGCUGGUUGAAGCAAAGUGAAAUCUUUCACUGAAAUUAAAAUUGCAGUCGAAUACCUCCUCAGAAUCACGUUUUCAGUUAUAAAGUCCUCAUGGGAUAUUGAUAGCAACGUGUACAACCAUAGACUCCUGAAGACUGAUUUGAAUUCUGCCAGUUAAGUGGGUGGUUCGUGCAUUCGCUUAAUAAUGCCAAAGCCCCGGUUUACAUUUGGGAAUGCAUACCGGAAUUGGCAUUCCAUAAUUUAAGGGUUCAGAAGCGAAUCGUUGAUUUCCGAAUGUUUGUUACCUAAAAAUUAAAGUAGGUUACCAGUCCCGUGAAAUAUUGACCAAAGUCCUGAAGUGCUCUUCUCAAUGUAUAAAGACCUCACGAUUGGGUUCAUACUAUGCGACUUCACUCAGAACCACUUCAAGAUAAUUUUGCUAAAUCGAGAUGACGACUUUUGAAUGCACGUGAGUCGUUAAUGACAGCCGAAGUUUUGACUCAAUUUCCAGGGACCGUUGCGAUUUAAAUUGCCAUGAGAUUUUCUCGUGUUUGCGAAUUUCAUACGGAUGAAGGCCCACAUUUUCUGGCGCCUAUCUUGUCACUGGUAGGCAGCAAGGUCCUGUCAUUGGUUUCGCAGCGUCGAGGGAAGUUUCCCUGGCUUUGCGGUAAGGUUCGAUUUCCAAAUGUCCUCUAAAACCACUGAGAAUGAUGCAAGCUCAGAUCUUUCUAGCGAUGUUUAAGAGCAAAAUUCGUCUGUGACUAUUACUGACUUAGCAGGUAUCUUACCGCUAUUUGAGGUUAACGACUGUCACGUCGUUGUCCUUGCUACCGCAUUUCUCGGAACGGCAGUUUGAGUUUAUCCAGGUGCUAGGUUAAAUCCUGUCUGUAGACUUCAAAGAUGAUUAAGUCCGAUGGCUGGGUGCAUGUUUCACGGUCUUGAUUGAUUGCUCCCAUUUGGUGGAGCUGAACGGAUCGGGGAUGGGCAAUUGAGGACAAUUCUGUGGUUCUCAGAAGAGCGCUUCUGCCUCUGCGAUCUCCCCUCGAGAAGUGUUAUUUCCUGGGAACUGUGAAGCCUUAGGGUUCUUUGGUCGGAGGAAGGUAGGGAUGACAAUACUCUUCAUAUCGUCAUGGUCCGCUUAUCCUUGGACUUCCUCCACGAUGCCAUGCAUAUGCUUAUUUUUAAUCGAAUGCAGCGUUUACUGCACAAGGUAAUGUCAUCUGAGGAUUACGGAAAUGGUUGCUUCGGAUCUGCGGUUGAUUUGAGCACUGUGUAGCAUGACAUGCUCGACCAGUAAACCGUUGGCCUCUGAGUUGUUGUCGAAAAACCAUUUCUGACAUUGAGAGCAUGUUCGCCCGGGACAGUAGAAUGGAGGCAGUUUCGAAAAUGGCACCACUGAGUCUCUGCGGCAGCGCAUAAUGGAUGCCAAAUAUUAGUUUUUAAAAUUAAGUAUACAUAUUUGGAUGUGUGACAGUGUGUCAAUCUUGCUUUAUAAUUUCUUGAAUUUAAAUUUUGUAAAAAAAUCCUUAUUUCCUUAAAAUCUCAGCAUCUAGGUCAGAAAAUCUUGUAUGCCGUUAUGUAAACACGAGCAUGUGUCCAUCGAACAAGUCUGUUGACUGGCCGAAAGCAGAAAGCGUGUUCAGUCAACUUUGGCAAACAAUCGGAGUAAAUGAAACGUCUGGUAAUUGGGACUCCCCAUAAAUUUACUGGCAAUCUUUCUUGAAACAUCAACACCCGUUUCUACUACUCCCGAGAGCAUACAAGACAAAAGGCAAAAUUACUUCGACCACUUCUUGACAAUGUCCAGAAUGUAUGUGUUUAACAAAGGCAACAGCAACUUACCUCGUGGCAGUUCGCAGUUUUAUCAUUCCCAUCUUUCAUUAUUUAAAAUGAGCACGCCAACCUAAUCCUAAAUAAAAAUCGAGAUCUGUCCUGAUCGCAAAUAUAUCUCCUAGCUAUGCCGUUAAACCGCGAGGUAAAUAGCUAGCACUCGGAUGAAACUUCCUCAUCUUUUAGUUUGGCAGGUUGGCUGCACCAACAAACGCGUGACACAGAGCGUUCAUGGUUUUUACCAUAAGUGAACGCCUGCAUUUAAUUUACUUCUUUGUACGCAAAUGUGACCGGCCUAUGUGCGAUUCCGCCAAAUCUCGACAUGUAUAUACACUAACAUGGUUGCGAAAUUGAUUUGAAAAUGUGAUUAUUUAUAGAAAUCGAGUUGUAUGCACAGUUUCCCAAAUAUCAGAAUAAUUAUGUGCCGUCCGUAAAACGUGGUGUGCACGAUGUUUUGCUCUGGAUGGUUGAUAGCGCAACCCAAGAACGGCUUUAUGCACAAUCUGACCACAGAGGCUUAGCAAUAAAUGAGGCCUGCUUCCAGACGCUGAUGUCACGUGACACGUGACACGUGACGGUCUGAUCGUUGUGUCCUGCGAUGUCCACCAUGCGCUACACACCAAGGUGCAGCAGACACUGUGAGUGUAGACUUGCGCUGCAUUUACCGCACUCUCCCCUCCUUUCCCACCUCAUCCCGGUAUCGAGACCGAGUCAAGACGACCGGAGACUGGAGAGGGCACAGGUGCAGGGUGCGGCCGAGUCCGCAUCUUGACGCUCCACAUCAUACCUACUGGUCCACACGAGAAAUGAUCAGAAUUUUAGCCAAUAACAACUGUACCACUACGGGUCAGAAGGAACGAGGUUGACUGGACAGCCGUGCUCGGGACCUGCAUACCCAACGGGAGCGCAGCGCCUCUACCGGCUGUAACUCAGACGCCAGAGAACAGCCAGCGCAUACUAGAAUGCGAUGGCCCCAGCCUGGUGAUCCUGGCAUAGCAGACGCUUAGACUUUUAGGCCCAACAUCGAAUAUUUGCCCUUUAAGAUCGCAUGGGACCCAGCACCACAUCAGAAUACCUAAGUUACAUUUGCAAAGACAGGGGUUAAUUAUUGGUCGAUUAGUUCCCACAGUGUUUUCUCCUUAAGUAGUAUUUACCGCAUGAAAAACUACUCUGUUUGUCUCUUAACUGGCUAUGGAUGAUGUCUACAAUAUCGCUUCAAAUAAGCUAAUACCUACCUUAGUUCUCCUUUCUGGUAAUACUUUUCGUCAUGUAUGUACAACGUGCGCGAACAUUGCAUUUUAAAACCAUAUAAUAAUCUACCUGCAUCAUUCGCGGUUUUAGCGUUCUGUGAUUUUUCCCCUCUGAAAUCGUAUUGUAAAGCAUGCUGAAAUAGACGGAGUAAUUUAAAACGAAUUCUAUUCAGUUCAGCUAUUGAAAUGAUAAUCGGACUUCUGAAAUGUGCUUACGAUUUAAAGGGUAAUUUGGCUGAUUUUGAAAUAUUGACUGCCGUGAUUUAUUUACCCCCAGGAUGCUGACUUUUGAACGAAUGCCUUCCUGGUCAUCCAAAGUCACAAUAAAUAAUAAAUAAUUAUUCAUAUAACAUGCAUUUUAUCCGCUGUCUUUCGAUGUCCUUAUAAAUUCAGAUGAACUUUUAAGAAAACAUGCACAAAACAGUCAUUUUUUACUCAUUAGGUAUCAUGUAGUGUCUUCUAUAAAGGUUAUUUUAAAGGAAGGGGAUUUUUUCUCUUAGAAAUUUUUCCAUUUCUCGUUUGAUAUUGAACCGUAUGUACAUGCGCACUUGGGCCUAGGGUUUACAAACUGCAUGUGGCGUAAAUUUACAUGACAUACUUUACUAUACAUUUCUCAUCGAUGUUAAUAAGAUGACAAACAGGUAUCAUUAAAUUUUGCACACAUGGUAUUACUCCUAGAGCAAACAAUUUACGGGCAUAAAAGUGCCACAAUUAUUGACGUUUUAAGCAGAAAGGUGUCAUUCCUUCUAGGCAAAAAUUUGAAAAAAAUGUCAUUUGCCACCGAAUGAUUGCAAACGAGGAUAGACGUGGGCUUUUCGUUUGUUGUAAAAUGUAUUUGCAUUCAUAAUGACAUGGGAAACCGAUCAAAAAACGCCUGCCAACGUAGAAGUUAUCUUUACGAGUGACCAGUAAGCAGUUCGUUUAAACGCUGAUGUCCUGGCAUGGCUAAAGUAUGAAAGGUAAAUUCGAAGUUGGCAAUGUUCGUAUAACAAAAAAACAUUCAAUAUCACCAAUUAGUCAUUGGUACCACGUUUACCAGUAGGAACCAGUCAUUUCACAGUCCUUCAGCCAGACAUACCAUUCACAAAGAGAAAUUCUCUAUGUUACCUUUUGCUUCAACUAAUAUAGCGCACAAUCAUUAAGGUACAACAUCCAAAUAUGGCUUCUAGGCAGAAUUUCCUCCAUGAUGUCUCAAAGGCUGGGAUCCCACAUUCCCUCUACCUCAAUAGUUAAUAUUACUUUGCAUACGCUCGGCUACGAAUAAAGCAAAUGCUGGAUUUGUAGAAUUCAGGAAGCGAUUGUAACGUGAUUUCUCAAGGAAAAAUCUGUAUUGGGGACACUUACUAGCAUAAACGAAUCGCUUUAAAUUUCGUCAGAAUUAAGUAGUGCGGCAAAUUUAAGCACAAAUUAAACUUUGAAAAUGUUUGCAAAGAUAAAUGAGAACAUUUUCGCAAACUGUUCUUUCUCAGCUAUUCUAUUAGAAGGAUGUACUUAAUAACUUUGAGGUUGAGCAUUAAUUUGAAUGCUUCCUCCCAACCAACCAAACACCACUAAAUUAACAGCAGUAGCCAAUGAAAUGCUUGUACACUGUGUGUGUAUAUAUAGGGCUGAUCUGCUCAGGUUCAGCAAGUGGACAUCAAGUCUCGACAAAUAUGAGGCCUUCAUCGUCAAUCCUACUUCGGGCUGCCCUGCUAUACUUGACGGCUACUUUCGGUAUGUGUGGUAUCUGCAUAACAUUCCUAACAUCAAUCCCUAGCAGAUUUCCCGCCGACACUGACGGGUUGCUACGGCAUGGUGUAAAAGACUUAGUGUUUUGGUAUUCAUGCGCUUACAAAAUAACAUAUCUGGCACUUUGACUGUUAUUAGAAGGAACCUUAAACGAAAGCAAGUCAUUAACUCUAGAAAUUAGUAUUACCUCACAAGCUGAUAUAUCUGUUUGUUAGAGCCGGUGAAUAGAUCAUCAACAUUUUUACUCAGUUCUAGAACGCAAGAAUUGCUUAAGGGUGAUAACCACUAAGCCAACAUUGCUGAUGGCAAUUUACUAAAAAAUACUUUGCGGACAUAUCGCUGUACAAAUCCUCAAUUCUGAUUAAUAUAAAAAGUCAAGUUCACCUACUUCACGUUUACAAGCAGAAUUUUAGGCUUAUUAAACUUCUCAACAACAUUAAAUUUAAGCUAUACAUAUAUAGUUGCUGCAUAUAUACUUAAUAAGAAAAUACGAUGACAAUUCAUAGUUCUUCGUUCAGCUUGAUAGUAAAUGUCAUUGAAAAGCCUGUAAAUUUGUGUAUGUUCAAAAUAAGGAAUAGGGUAUCCCGUAAACAUACUAUCAUCAUGGACAACGAUGAAUCUCUGAAUUACAGUCCCAGCUUUGUAAAACAGCGCAUAAACAAACUUUUUAGGAAACGGUAAUUAGUUGUACAUAGAAAAUGCGUUACUUCUCAUAAUGAUAAUAUAUGUGAUAAUAUAUAGACUAGGCCUGUGCAUUCUAGUAGUGUUCGCGUAAAGAGGCUGUAAACUCUGUGGACAGAAAUAGGAUCCGACAUCAUAGGGGUGAACCACAGAUAGUCGACAUUUACAAAUACGAAUUGAUGUUUCUUCCUACAAAAAAGCGAGAAGUAACCUUUUGCUAUCCCAUGUCCCGGUCUAGUAUCCGCCACUGGGCCAAGCAACAGACCGUCCAAUGGACUUGAAGAUAACGUUGUUACCUCUACGGACAAGUGCGUCACGGUCGUUUCUAGCCUACCAGAGAAACUAACGGUAAUAUGCAGAUUGCGGUACUUUGAAAGCGUGCCUUACACAUGGCCUUCCGAUCAGAAUACUUAUUUCUUAGUUGGUUUUUAAUGUUGAAGUAUGUAUGUGCGCAAACAAACUUUAUUGCUCUUUGCACCGCUAUUCUUUCCUUGAUAAUUAGAAUGCAUAAGGCGGGUGUCUCGUAGCGUCCACUGACACAUGUCUACCAUCUCUUGGGUUUAAAAGCAAUAAUGCCUUUCUUUGUGUUGACAGCUGACUUGGUAUUCUAAUUAGUAACACAAAUUUACUUAUUCCUUGAGAACCAGGGCGACAACGAAUAUUUAACUGUACUUCACUCGGAUGCCCUGCGAUACGCGGAUGCACGUUAUCCAGAUUAACAUUUAUUCCUCUUUCAGAAUAUACGCGUGGAUUCACGCAGCCUAUCAUGUGGCGACGGACGCUGCAGAGCUCGGGGAGACGACUAUCUUAAAUUUGAAUACAAACAAGAAAAAGGUACGAUCUGUUGUCCUCACAGAAGAUCACUAGUUAACACAAAAGAAAGAGUCGAGUGUCAUAUUACAUGACACAGGAAAGGUUUAUUUCUUCGGAUGUUUUAUUUUUGUAUACCUUAAUCUGCACUCGUUUAAGCAGAAUUAUGCAUUCGAAGCCUGACAAUUUUGUGCCAAUCUAAUACUCGUAACGUUUCUCGUGAAAUCUCAAAUCAUUGAUGAAGGUGCUUAUUAUCGGCUGCCAAUCACACGCCUUCUGACCGUCAGCCAUAAGGUCCUAAAGAAUAUUUCCCUCCAAGUAAAUCAAAAUAUGCAGAUCACUAACGUAAUGCGCGUUCUAUGAAAAUGCCUAAUGAAUAUAUCCCUCCAAGUUAAUCAGAAUAUGCGGAUCAAUAACGUAAUGCGUGUUCUAUGAAAAUGCAGUGCUAAUGCUCGUAUGAAUGCAUAUGACAGUGGUUGUAACAAGCUCACGGUAUGGACACCGGUUGCAGAUUAUUGAUGGCGCUUUUUCUGUUUGAGAUUUAAACGUCGAUUCCGACGACAUCCACGCGUCGCUCUAGAGAAGGGUGGGUUCAGGGGUGGUUACUAGUGGAUAAGCUAGGUGAGUUUGAUAGUAGACUUGCAAUGCAUCUACUGCAAUUUCUCCUGCUCUCUUGCCUGAAGUUGAUGUUAUGACAAAGUCAAAAAGACCGGAGGUGAGGCGGGGCACAUGUUGCUGACGCGGUGUGAACCAGGAACUAGACGUGUCGCUAUGUGUCAUGCCUCGCUCACAAAAGACCAGGAUCUCGCACAACGGGCAAAGGGGUGGCGAUUCGAAUACCAACUGAAUGGGAGUACCAUAAAGGCCGCAUUUAGAAAGAGCCACUGUAGUCUAAAGCUCGGUCCAGAGAGGAAGAUCAAGUUAACCCGUAAGCUGCGGACAUUCAUAAGUAACCUACCUCGUGAAAUUUUUAGAUGUGUCAAACAUCAAUGGGAAAAAUCCUAAUGCUCGCAUACUCACUCUUUCGUAAAGUGUAGUUUUGCAGUUAGCUGCAAAGAAGAGCAUUCAAAAGGUUUAAUUCUGGAGAGACUUCCAUGUUUUGGGAGUGUGUUGCAGGGUAAUUAGUGUUACAACCGCACUUGAGUAAUCCUUUCGAAAAAGCAUAUCAGAUUUUUCGUUAACACCUCAUGAGAUAGGUCACCCGCUUUAUGUACGGGAACAUAAUUUUUCUGUAUAAUUGUGGACACAAUGACAUUGUAAUACUAAAGUAGUUUGUUUACAUAGGGUAGAUUUCAUGCCUCAAAUGGGCUUUAGCAAUGUAGGUAUUUUAUGAAUUCCUGAUGUUUCAUUUGCUUUCGCAAUGGGGUGACAACACGGAUUUAAUUCCUACUGCGAAAACAGCGAAAGUUUGAGAAAAAAAACAAUAAACAUUUGGGUACUGCUGUAGUAUGAAUUUCAAUGACAGAGAUUCCAUCAUAUGCACAACACAAGCGCUACUUAAGUGAUUUUAGUAGUACUUUUAGAACGGCGGCUUGUCGCAUGCAUAAGAAUGAACAUCCACAUCUGUGCAGUCAUGUAUGUUGUCAAAAGAUCUCAUUUUCGCACAUUUGUCCUAUUUCCGCCUUCAAAUCACUAAGGAUUUGUUGCAGUCCUUUUCAGUGAACAAUGCCACUAUUUCCAGUUCCCAACGUUCUGUCGAAUGUAAGCUUUUUAUAAGCAACUCAAUGCUGUAAAAUUUCAGUUGGAAAAUACUACCAGGCAGAGGCCAAAAUCUGCAGAUAUGACAAGAUCUUUAGAAUUGCCUGGGAGGUGGAGGGCUUUCAAGUGGGGAACAGGCUCACGCGUUUUACACAAUUCCUUGUGCCCAAUGGAGACUGGUCGGCAAGUAGAAUCGGUAAGCAACCCCGUUUAGCAAUUUGAAGAGCAUUGAGAAAGCAAUUGCCUGGCACUCAUAUGCCCCGUCUUUCAGGUUGUAUCCAGCCCCAAUACUCGAUGCCAUUAAUACGAAAUGUCAACGCAGGAUCCACCACUCAAGUUCAGUGCGCCAUAUCGAAAAGGAACUGUUACUACCAGGAAGAUGUACGUGUGUAA